UUCAGCUCAAGCUCCGCACCAAAGAAACCAUGGCGACCAGCAGCUCAGUAGUAGUACUGGCCGUCCUGGCCACCGUCGCCGCGCUGGUCUCCCCGGCCAUGUCCCUUCCCGUCUUCACCGGCGACGUCGGCGUCUCUCCGGGCUUCCACGCCGCGUCGUGUCCGCAGCUGGACGGCGUCGUGCGGUCGUCCGUGGUGGCGGCGCUGCGGCAGGAGGUGGCGCUGGCGGCGGGCCUGCUCCGGCUCUACUUCCACGACUGCUUCCCGCAGGGCUGCGACGCCUCCAUCCUCCUCAACACCACCUCCGCCCGCGAAACGGAUCUCUUUUUAAAUAUUAUAAGAGCGAUACGAGCACGGCAACUAAUCCAGACGAGGCCCCGAAGGGCCCCGGAUCAUAGUUUCGUCCCGGGCCCCCAAAAUCUCAGGACCGGCCCUGCGGCCAGCGUGGCCGCGCUGGUGGAGUCCUUCGGCACCCGGGGCCUCGGCGACGUGGCCGACCUCGUGGCGCUCUCCGGCGCGCACACCAUCGGGCGGUCGCACUGCGGCAGCUUCGCCGACCGGUACCGGCGCGCGGACGACACCUUCUCGCGGAAGCUGGCGGCCAACUGCAGCAAGCACCCGGACCGGCUGCAGAAUCUGGACGUGGUCACCCCCGACCUGUUCGACAACGGCUACUACAAGGCGCUGCGGUUCAACCAGGGCGUGCUCACCUCCGACAUGGCGCUCGUCAAGAAUAAGACCACGGCGGCCAUCGUGAAGCGGUUCGCCCAGAGCAAGGACGCCUUCUUCCGGCAGUUCGCCAGGUCCAUGGAGAAGCUCGCCAGGGCGCCCAAGCCGGCGGGCAACGUGGGCGAGAUCCGGCGCUUCAGCUGCUUCAGGACCAAUGCCCAACGCGCCGACGCUGCCGUGGACGCUGCCGGUGAGGAGGAGGAGGGCUUCGCCGCCUCCGCCUGAUGGCUCGGUCAAGUACGUGCGUACGGUCGUCGUCC